UAUAAAUUAGGAUAGAGGGACUAUAAAUAUGGGCAAUCACAUUUUAGGCAGUCUGCCAGGUAAAGGCUCUAUUGUUUGAAGUGCCUUCACUUUCCAAUUUCUGCUGCUCCAUCUUCCCAUGGCUUCCUCCACCAUUAACCGAUGGUUGAGGCCCGAGGUGUAUCCACUAUUUGCAGCAGUAGGAGUAGCUGUUGGAAUUUGUGGGUUUCAAUUAGUUCGCAAUAUCUGCGGCAACCCUGAAGUCAGGGUGACCAAGGAAAACAGGGGAGCAGGAGUGCUGGAGAACUUUUCAGAAGGGGAGAAAUAUGCAGAGCAUGCUCUUAGGAAGUUCGUUCGUAACAGGUCUCCAGAGAUUAUGCCGUCUAUCAAUGGCUUCUUCAGCGACCCAAAGUGACGCCCAAAUUUAAGCCUAAAAUUUAUUGUUUGCUAUUGACAUUUGAAUGAGAUAGACAGACUGAAAUGGUUGUUUUCUUCACUAGAUUGCAUUCAAAAUUGAUUCAGAUAUAUAAAGAUAAUCUCAAACUAAAUGUCAUUAACAAUCACAAUUGCUUGUCUCCAAAAGUGAACCUUUACAUUUUCAUUUA